AGAUUCGAACGUCGCCACCUCUCGCCACAAGAGAAGAAGAACGGCGUCUAGCCUACUCACAGCAGCGAAAACAACAUCUGUAGCACAUCGUUUCGUCUCACCGGUAAAUGCCUGAAGAGUCAACAUGGUUUGCGGAGGAUUUACGUGCUCGAAAAACGCCCUCUGUUCGCUAAAUGUAGUUUAUAUGCUGGUGGGUCUCCUGUUGAUUGUGGUAGCAGCAUGGGGAAAAGGCUUUGGCAUUGUCUCCAGCAUCCACAUCAUCGGCGGCGUCAUUGCCGUGGGCUUCUUUCUACUGCUGAUCGCCAUUGUAGGACUCAUUGGAGCCGUCCAUCAUCACCAAGUCAUGCUUUUCUUUUACAUGGUCAUUCUCUUCAUUGUGUUCCUCUUCCAGUUUGGAGUUUCCUGUUCUUGUCUGGCCAUGAACCAGGGUCAACAGGAGAAGCUGCUGAACUCAUCCUGGGGAAUAAUGAGUAACGACACAAGAAUCAGCCUUGAGAAGAAGCUGGACUGCUGUGGCCUGUUCAACAAUUCGCAGAGCCAGGCAGUGUUUGCAGGAGACUUACCCCUCUGCGAUUCUCCAUGCCUAAAAAAUAAGCUCUGCCUCACUUGUGGUGAAAAGAUGCUCCAACAUUCAUCAGAGGCUUUGAAGAUCCUCGGAGGAGUCGGCCUCUUUUUCAGCUUUACAGAGAUCUUAGGAGUUUGGCUGGCCAUGCGCUACAGGAACCAAAAGGACCCGAGAGCGAACCCCAGUGCAUUCUUAUAGUCUCUCAGACCGUCUGUCCUGAACUAUGUUUAGUGUAGUCCAGCUAUUCCAGUUCCCCUUUGCACAGGUCGAAUGGAGCGCACCAAGAGACAUUUAAAGCAUUAAACGCAGAACACGACCACUGAUCCCCGCAACAAACUCCCAUCUACACACCUGGAUCACACUAGAUACGAACGCACAUGCAAACACAUCUAUUUUAGCGAUAGAUCUGACCCAUUUUCCACACAAGGUCUGCAGAGGGCUAAUUUAAACCAGCAGGAGGAGGUAUCAUGUAUGAUAGGAUGCUCGUUCCGGCACUUCCCCCAUCCUUGAUGUGAGAAACUCUUCCUGUUUUCUGUAUGCAAACCGAAAAUCUGCAAUGUAAAGUCAUCGAUGUCUGCAUGUUCAUAGCCUCAGUUUCUCGUGACACACUCACUUAUGUACACACAACCAGGUAUGAUGUGCCCAAAUAGUCCCUGUAGUUUCAGUGUAACGGAAAGUUAACCCCGCAUAAACUAUGGUAAUGUUUAGUAUCGGUUAGUCAAGGUGAACUACUCUGUCACGUAUCUCCCAGGAAAAUCACGUCAGGUGCACUCCGAACGAGCGCAGACCUGAAACAUGCCUGUGUUUUGUGCAAUGCUAUAUGAAGUCCGUCUCGAUGAGGUGACUGGUCCGGCCUAUGGGACAUUAGUUUAGGAAUUAGACGUAGAGCGUGAAUAUUUAAAAACAUUUGUGUAACUGAGCCAUGUGAAUGGGAGGAUUUCCCCCGCCGAUGGACUGCUGUUGUACAUAGUCUUUACCGCGACAGGGUUGAUGUUCAGCGAAUCUUUUCCAUCCUUAUUUAAACCACAGAGAUCCUCCCGUCUCAGCCGGGUCUCGCUAUUCUCACUGGACUUCUUAAGUUCUCCAUUUCCUCUAAAGCUUAGUAUUACUCAUGGAUUUUGUAUUUUAAUAUCUUAUGAUUUUUUUUUUUUUUUUUUUUUUUUUUUGUGUGUGUGUGGAUGUUUGUUGAAAUAAUCUCGGUGUGCCAUUUACUCAGUUGGUUUAAACCAGGUACUCAUGCACUAACUUGCGGUUUUUAUCAUUUGCAAUCAUGCAUCGCUUCUUUUCAGCUAUUUUAUAAGUACUAGUACUAACGGCACCAGGUCCAUAUUUUUAGCACUGAAUACCGGGCCAUUUCAGUUAAAUCCUUCUUAUUUUGUGUUUUGCCAAACCUCUUGGUUUUUUUUGUCAUUGCGCUUAUGAUUUUUUUUUUUCUUCUUGUUUUGUGCUAAUAGUGUUAAGUUGCCAUUAAAGUGUGAGUUUUUUGCAAUGUUGAUCAUUGUUAUUGUAGAGGAUAGAUCAUUUGUAAUGACCUUUUGUGCACACACAUAUGUUAAUUCCAUGUUCCCGUGUUAUGUGUUAAUUUGUUUAUUCAUAUUAAUAGUGGAACAUACAGGCUAAUACUCACAGUCUUAACUGCUUUAGUUUCUGCCCCACGUGACUGAGAAAAUGGGAACACUGAACCAUCACUCAGUACAGCUUAAAUGUGUUCUGCUUCACUUGGUCAUGGUAUUAUGAGUGUGUUUCACUGAUGGAUUUUGAAGAGGUGAAAUCAAUGUCUGUGCUAUAGUAGUUAUUUAUUGCCGCAGUACCCGACUCGGUGAGCUGUAAGCACCAUUUUCCCUGGAUUUGCCUUGUAUUUUUGAAACUGACUUUUCCAAUUAAAUAUUCUUAGAUCAAUA